CUACCGGGACAAGGAUUGACGCGGAGCCACCUCCCUCCAGGCUGCAGAGACACGACGAAGCACUCGCCGAGAUUGCAGACCUCCUCCGGAGCAUCAAGGCACACCAGCAGCCGCCCAUCAGCCUAGAGACGCGGCUCGAUGACGUCGCGCACGUCUAUGGCCAGCAGGCGGCGCAGCCGACGGCGUCCUCUGCCAGCAUCCCACGAGUGACGAUGCGCGAAGAAGACGAGUCUGCAAGGGAAGCAGAAGCGGGAGUCACCCUGCCGACGGCGCCUCUGAUGGUCAUUCGCGAUAUCGGGACUCGCUUCCCCGCGCCUCUGAAGAAGACGCGGCGCCCAACCACGGUCAGGAUCAUCGACGAGGGCCUACUGGACGAGAAGACUGCCCGCGAGCUUGCGGCCGCGUUCCCGCAGUCCGGCUACAAUUCCGUGUUGCUGCCAGAGAUUGCCGAGCUCGACUGGAAGGACGAAUACCGCGACGGGCUGCCGUUCUUGCACAGCGUGUGCUGUGUGCACGUCAUCGCUGACAGGAGAGAUAUGGCGCAGACGAUGCUGCACAGGAGGAUCUUUGAGAGAGUCAAGUUGGCACUCGGCACACUGCUGCUGGACUACCCGCUCAGUCUCGACGAAAUCCAGGGCAUCCUGAUGUGCACCGACAGCUUUCGUGUUGGAGCUGGAGAUGGCAAAGAGUUUAUAGACAGCUGGAUGCUCACGGGGUACUGCGCCAAGCAGGCCAUGCUGUGCAUCGAAUUCGACAGGAUAGCUCGAGAGACACGGCAAGGCAAAUCCGGGGCGGCAAAUGUGAGAGCCAUCCGGCUGUGGGCUACCAUAUGCCUGCACCAUCUUCACUGGACGGCUGCAUCCGGACGACCCUCGACCAUUACCGAGUCGUACCUGAAUUACUGCCCGCUGCUGCUUAAUUUCUAUGACGCCUCGGUACAAGACGGUAUUCUCCUGGCGGAGCUCUUUCUCUAUUCCAUACUACCUACCGUUCUCGAGAAGCCUCCUCAGUUGGACGUUGAUGGCGAUUGCAAUGAGUUUGCAGCAUGGAGACACGAAUGGCGGCAUCUGCUGGCUCUGCCAGCAGCAGCGCUUCUCAAGAUGGGCUACGCAUCAGCCUGUCUCCUGCUCGUCGUCCGCGGCUUGGAGCACCAAGGCGAACAACUCGGCCCAGCCGCGUUCCUCUCGAGACACUCUUCUCCAACCACAGACGACGAGAAGCAGCAGCAACAGCUAGUGCAGCAGCAACAGAUCGUCAACCUGCGCAGAGCAGCCGCCAAACACGCACACGCGCUCCUGCAGACUUUUCUGGGGAUGCCGGACACCCUGCAGGACUCUGUGUCCUCGAACCGCUGCCUGUGUCUGACGUACGGGGCGCUUGUGCUGGCGCAUUACGACGAGUCGCAGUCGAGUUUGUCGGAUAUGGACAAUCUGCGUCUGGUCCGGCGACUGCACGAGUGGUUCAGCAACAGCCCGAGCAAGGUCGUGCUGGCAAGAUUCACCAACCUGUGCGAGCACAUUAUUGUCGGCAGGCUUGAGCGGGCACGGACACGGGGUCCUGCAAAGGUCGGGGGUACGGGCGUUCCAGAUGGCCGAUAUCAGGGCAAGGACGGGACCGGUCUUGCAAUGGCACAUGGCGUGGGCUACAACUACGGCCCUCUGCCCGACGGCCGCCAAGUUGUGGCUUCGCAUGCAAGUAGUGGUGCAGCACUGACCGUGGACGGUGUGCCUGUGAUCGCGACCUUUGCGACCAGCGCCGAGGGUGUCUUCAACGCGGACCCGGAUGCGCAGGAGAUUGCUGGGCUGUUUGACAUGCUGCCGAGCAUCAACCUCGAAGACUUCUUCGCUGGAGGCUACCUGGAAAUGUGAGCGAAGGGGGCCUGCUGCCUCGAUCCUGGACACUAGCAUGCAGCAAAACACUACAGGCCGGCGACGGAGGCUCUGCAUUGCGCACAAGUCGAUUGUGUUUGCGCU